AUGCGAGGACGGGCAGCAGUUGCAGCAGAAAGUCUGAGAACAUCCACCCAAUGCCAUCAUCUCCAGCUCUGGAAGCAGGACGUGCGAGAACGGGCAGCAGUGGCAGCAGACUCGGUGCGAGGAGGCGUCACCAGCUACAUUGCGAGAGGCAGCCAGGUACAGCGCGAGAGGCAGCCAGAAGUGGAGGCCCCGUUGCAGCCAGACGUCAUCACUUCCAGUACUCUGACCAGCUCGUGCGAGAUAGGGCGUCAUCCGCCACAGAGCGAGAAGCAGCCAGACGCCAUCAGUUACAGAGCGGGAAGCCGUCAGAAGAUGAAGCCUCGAUGCAGCCAGACGUCAUCAGCUACAGCAGUGGGACCAGCUUGUGCGUAA